AUGCCUGUGCGUGGAAUCCGGACAGCGACGACGGCCCAGAACGGCGCCGGCGCCUUCAUCUUACAAUGCAAACGCCUUGAUUUCCAUUUCUGCAAUUCGGGAGGUAGCUCAAGGGGCAUGGUUGCCUUCCUGCAGAACAAUCUCAAGUCUUUCGCCCGCCAAAACCCUCAGAUCGAGAUCCGGGUCUCUCCCCGACCACAAAAGCACCCCCUCAUCAAGGGCCUCUACAUCAACGGCCGCGAGAAGCCUGUCUGUGUACGGAACAUGGAGCCCAGCGAGAUCCUGAAGAAGGCAAAUCUUCUCAAGGAGGCCAGUGGAGAGAAGUUGAAGCGGACCAAGAAGCCUGUCACAAGUUUGAACGAGAGUGUGCGUGGUAUCUGGUCUCCGUACCACGGCGAUCUGCGUGGUGUAUAG